UUGCUCUUUUAAAGUAACCCUUGACUCUGCUCAUUCCAUAAACAUCUCUCAUCUCUCUCACCAAACAUAAAAAAAGACUUCUCUUUUUUUUUUUGCUUCUUCUUCUUCGUUUUCCGGUGAAACCAAGUCCGGUUUCUGGUUAUCUGGUGAAUAUACCUACCAACGGUACUUGGGUCGAGGUGAAUGGUACAAAAUCUUAUAUCGGACGAGUCAUUUUCUUCUACAACCAUGGUUAUGCAGGAACAUUGUGAGAGCUUAUGCGACAGAGCUUCGGAUGAGCUUAUUAUCUCUUCCACAGAUGCCUUUUGUCUCAAGACAAGAAAGCCUUACACGAUCACUAAACAAAGAGAGAAGUGGACAGAAGCAGAGCAUGAAAAGUUUGUAGAAGCUUUAAAACUCUAUGGCAGAGCUUGGAGACGAAUCGAAGAACAUGUUGGAACAAAGACUGCGGUUCAGAUUCGAAGCCAUGCUCAGAAGUUCUUUACUAAGGUUGCUCGUGAUUGCGGUGUUACCUCUGAGAAAUCCAUUGAGAUCCCGCCUCCACGGCCGAAAAGAAAGCCGAUGCAUCCAUACCCUAGAAAGCUAGUGAUUCCAGAUGCAAAAGAGAUGGCAUACGCCGGCAAGCUGGUUCCGGAUGAAGAUAGCCGAUCGCCAACAUCGGUUUUAUCAGCUCAUGGCUCAGAUGGCUUAGGUUCCAUUGGUUCAAAUUCGCCUAAUUCUUCUUCAGCUGAUUACCAGGUGCAUGAGUUAUCAUCUCACACUGAGGAAUCAUUGUCUCCUGAAGCUGAGACCAAACAACAAAGUCUCAAGCUGUUUGGAAAGACUUUUGUAGUUGGUGAUUACAACUCUUGGACAAGCUCUAAUGAUUCAGAAGAUGUUAAGAAGAAGUCAGACUUAGAAACGCAGUCUGUCCGAUGCACUUCUUCUUCGUCUUCUUCAUCAGAAAAUGCUGAAACGGAAUUGACACAACAGGUAGUUGUAGUAGUAGUAUCGGAGGAGUUUAAAAGAAGCGAGAGAUCAGCAUUUUCUCAGUUGAAAUCGUCUGCGAUUGCGAUGAAGAAUAUGAAAGGGUUCAUGCCUUACAAAAAAAGGAUGAAGGUGGAAGGAAACACUAACAGUUUAGUGAAAACGUCAUAUCCUAUAUGGUGAGGUGGUUUGUGUAAAGCUUUUCUUAAAGUCAGUUUGUGAAAGUCUUUUUGAUCUCAACUACAGUCUACAGAUCAUGUGUAUAAAAUUUGUCAAGAGAGCUAGGGACAGUCAUCUUGUUUGGGGUUUCAUUCGUAAGAAAAGUCCAAAGUUCCCAAGUAUUUUAUGUAACCAGUAUGAAAUUGAUGUAUCUAAUAGUCAACUUUUCUCUAAGUUAAAAAAAAAAAAAAUCAAAUCUUCCAUGUACUCUUUUAUUGCAUUUCCACAUGCUCUCAGACACAAAUUCAUGUUGCAAUUUUACACUUAAAUACUGCUUGCCGACAAAGGAAUAACGUGUUGCACACCAAGCAAAGUGUACCGGCUCAAUAAAAUGUUUAAGAACAUCGACAGGAAAAGUUCACUAAUCUAAUGAUUACUAAUCUAUUACCCCCUCUGUUUCUGUUUCUGAAAGUAAGAAGUUUUAGAUUUUUUACUAAUUCCACAAAAAUAGAUUUUUAUAUAUGUUUAAGGUAUUUUUUUAUAUUUUUAAAAAAUAUUAAAUAUAAAUAUUUGAAUUGAUUAAAUUUUAUUGGUGAAAAGUUAUUGAAAAGUGCAUAAUAAAAAAAAAAAAAUUAAAUUAUAAAUAUUUAUUGAAUUUUGAAUAAGCAUGAACACUUUAAAAAUUCUUACUUUCGAAAACAUAGGAAAUAGCAUUUUAAAGCUUAUUAAAAAUUCUAGAAUGCAUUUGAAUCAAUGAUGAUUAAUUACCGAAUGAGAAAGAGCUUUCAAUCCCUCUGGUCGUUCGUAUGGGAAGACAAUGACUUGGAGAAGGAUAAAUAAUAGAAGGAUAAAUACAUAAUUUUAUUUUAUUUUUGUUGACAAAUACAUGUACUAGUAUUAUUUUUUUAAUAAUAUUAAGGAUUACUAAUUUUUCUUAUUUUUAUUUUAUUCAAAUUAUUAUUAUUAUUAAUUUAAUAUCUUUACUAAUUAUUUUAAAUAGUAAAAAAGAAAAAGAAAAAUGCUCUAUUUAAAAACUGAAAUAUCUUCAUGCUUUAUUAAAUCUGAUAUCUAAUCUUGUAUAUAGUAUUUGCUGUUAGGUUAACGUCAUUGAUAAUUACCAUAAACUAAUAAACUAAUACGAAAACCAAUUACCAUAAUUUUCCUUAACUCCCCCAAAAUAUAUUAUCAAUUUUUGGCUUGGUUCCAAAGUUUUUGCAUCUUAAAUACAAAUUUUCUAUAUUUACCUCGUACCGAAUUGUAUAUCAAGCCAAUUAUAUUCGAUAUUUAAGCAUAAGAGUAUUAAGUUAAUAGUACUUAAUUGUUUGAUCUAAUAAGGAAAACAUCAUUUAUAUGUAACGAAAUUACACUUCUUCGAAAUGUGUAUACUGGUUUGCGAAGAUUAAUAUGUUACUAGAUCUUGAUCCGCGCUACAAAGCACGGUAUAUUGUUUGUUUUGUUUCUUCGGUAUAUUUUUUAUAAAUAGCUUAAAAUGAAUAUCAUCCUGUUCAUGGUGAAACAAAAAAAAGGAAUAUCACCCGUUCCACAUUCAUAAAAUCAGUUAAAUGUAAAAAGCAAUUAAAUGAAAUAGGUAUGUGUUUUGCUCAUAGGAAGCAACAAACAUAUCAAUAUACAAUUUAGUUAUCAAUAUUAUUUAGUAUAUGAACUUUAAGAUAUUAAAAAUAAUUUAAAUGGGUUAUUCGAACCAGAACUAAAAUUUAAAAAUAUCUGAAAGGGCCUAAAAUAUUAAACUCCGAAAACCCAAAAUACGAAUUAGAUCCUAACCAAAUCGGAAUGAGUACUCGAACAGCUACCCCUAUUUUCUAUAUAAGAUAUUGUAUAGGUUUAGACACAUUUACCCAGAACCAAAAAAUCUAAAACCAAAUGUAAACCUAAUUCAUAAAUAAUCAAGUGAAUCAUAUAUCUCUGUAACCAAAAAAAUGAAUUGAACCGGAACCAAAUAAGUAUCCAAAAUUUUAAAAUAAAAUUAUAUACCCACAAAUAUUAAUUAUACUUAAUUUCUAAAUAGUUAAAUAUACUAAAAAUACUAUUUAUUAACAAAAUUACCCGAAUAUUUUUAUCCAUAAAUUUAAAAUUAUCCAAAUUAUUUGAUAUUUUUAUUCAAACCGUCCGAUAUUUAAAGCUGGUAUAAUUAUUUAUUUAUUUGUAAACAUAGUUAUUGAUACUAUGAAUAUAAAUGCUAUUAAUUGUUAUUGAUAAUGUAUAUACAGAAUGGUAUCAGGCAUGGGAAAAUCAAAGUAUCUAAUAGAUGAAUUGGUUGUUGUCAAUGAUUGUAGUCGAAUACUUUUUCCACUCAAAGUAAUGCAUUCCGAAAUUAUAGGAAGUAAAUGGAAGAGGAGGUUUUUUUUUCAUCGGGAGGUUAUAAAAUACCAAGGGAAGAGGAGGUUAUAAUAUAUAUACAUGUCAUGGCAGUUAAAUUUUUAAGAAAGUGGGUUAUAAAUAAUUGGACCAAACAAAUAUCAAAUGGUCAUGCUGCAGAAUUAAUAGAAUAGAAAUAGGUAUGUGUUUUGCUCGUAGGAAGCAACAAACAUAUCAAUAUACAAUUUAGUUAUCAAUAUUAUUUAUUAUAUGAACUUUAAGAUUUUUAAAAUAAUUUAAAUGCGCCAUUUUAUUCAACCAGCCACUGACCCAUUUUCUAUUUAUUUAAAUUAGAUAUAAAAUAGACGGUAACUUCAUACGAAAUUAAGUUGCAUAUAGAAAUAUUCUUCUGUAUAGAAAAAUAUUCAAAUAAUGUGAUAAAUAAUAUAAUAGUUAAAUCAUUUCUUUCCUUUUUUUUUGAACUACAGUCUUUCCUAAAAGAUAAAUUUUACUGGAAAGAUUGUUUUCUAUAUACAUAAAGAUUAAACAAUAUUAUAUUUCAUUUUCAAAAGAAGACAAGAUAGUGGAAAGAUUGUUUUCUAUGUACAAAAGAUUUAUAAUAUGUAAAUAUGAUAUAAUAUUUUCUCAUAUUUGAUUAUCUCUUUCAGAGCCGUUCCUAUUAGUUUGGUGGCCUAAAGCACACUAACAUAAUGUGGCCUUUAUAUUUAAUUAUCAAAUGAUUAUAUCAUAUAGUUUCCUUAUAACUAAAUUUUAUUAUGAUAAUAAUGUAUAUUUUUAAUAAUGAAUUUGAAAAUAAAUUUUACAGAAAUGAGCCAAUAUCUAACAAGGGAAUAAUAAAAAACAUUGUCUACUUGAUUAGUAGUGUUUUAUAAUAGUGACAGUAAAAAUGAUAUGAAGCUACAAAAAUCAUCAAAGUAUUACAACAACUUCAGAUACAACAAACUGGUUAUAAAUAAAUAAAACCUAUAAAACAAUAGUUAUUAAGAAUGAAAAGAGAUUUAAGGAGAACAUACAGUUUUCAGCUGCAAAAAAAAAACAUAUAGUUUUUUUUUUCUGUAAAUGAAGAAAUUUAAAGAGAACAUAUAGUUAAAUAAACAAUAUAUAUUACAUCUGACAGAAUGUAGUAAGAGAAUACAUAAAAUAUUAUUUAAAAAAAACUACCAUAAUUGGAGUCGAACUUUCAUAAUGUCAUUACUAAUACCAGUGAAUAAAAAAACCAUAAAACAAGUUUAUUAAAUUGUUUAUUAAAUUGCGGCCCUUAAAACAAGUUUAUUAAAUUGUGGCCUAAAGCAUAUGCUUCUUCUGCAUUUGCAUUAUGUAACGACGUCUUCAAUCCAACACUAUUGUUUUUCUCCAAAACGGAUUAAAAAUAAGUAUGGAAUAAAAACUAUUUCAAUCCUAUUCCAUUUCAUAAUGGGAUUUAUUCUACAAAUGGAGUAAUUUUUUUUUGUUCAUUAAUUUAUUAUAAAGUAAAAAAUAAAAUAGAAUUAGAGUAUUUUUACUCCAUAUUCAGUUUUACUCUAUUUGGUAGAAAAAAAUUGAAUAUUACAUUAGAAAUGCUCUAAAGAAUGGACCUCAUCUCUUUCCAAACUAGAUAUUUGUGAUGGCUCUUGUUUUUCGUUUGUGUUGACUAUUCUCUUUCUUGAUUAUUCUGUCUUUUUGUUUCAUUCUGGCUAUAUUUUUAUUCCUUUUAGAUGCAAAUAAAUGCAUGUCUACGAUUAGUUCUUUGUAUGUUUUUCAUGCAAUUAUGAUUUAUUUAUUUUUAUGAGAAUAUGAUUAAUUACUUUGUCAAAUUAAAUGGUUAGGAUCUUUUAAUUAUAAAUUUUGCUUUGUUUCCAAAUACUGUAAGAUAUAAAUUAAAGUAAUAGAGAUUUGCUAUCCAUAGAACAGUUACAAAAUUAAUUGUAUUCUCUCUUUUUAGUCAUACAAAAUGAAUUGUAUUCAAGUCAAAGCAACAAAUGUAUUACAAUGACAAUUAAUGUUUGAUUUCAUUCAUCUCAUCAUGUACAUAUAUAAUAUAUACAUACACAAAUUAUACAUAUCAAACAACAAACAUCAGUUUAAAUUUUGAAUUCCAAGUCUAAAUAACAAAAUUGUCUAAGAGAAUGGCACAAAAGGUGUGUAUGAUAAUGAUGACACUGAUAAUGAUCGGAUGUCAUCUAAAAGCAUGCAGUGGAAUGGAAAACAUUGGAAUGGAAAACAUGUCAAAGGAAGGCCAUCUCACAACAAUGGAAACAAUAAGGCCAGAUGAUGUUCCAAACCCAGUAUGCAUAAGGAACUGUAGUGUUACUAGUCACAGUAAAAAAGAGUUUCAAGAUUGUAUCACACAUUGCGGAUGAUCAGUUCUGAAUGUUCUAUGACGAUGUAUUAAAGAUAUUUACAACUCUUUUUCGAUAAAUAAAAAUAAUAAUAAUGCAUUAUUGAACCGUUCGAAUACAACGGCA